GCUCAUCAAAAGGAACUGCAUCUAAGUUUAUUUUCAAGGUUAAUUUUUUUUAUUCAAUUAAAUUGGUUUUGGUUGAUUUUCAUUCUGUUCGUAGAAUCAAAUAUUCGAUGUACCAUUGAGCAACAAGUUAAUCGAAUUGUUGAAUUUUUUCACCAUUCACCGUUAGUACCUUGAACUGUGACAGUACAAAAUGGAGUCCUUCGCCGUUCUAUUGGAGCCUUAUAAAGACAAAAUUGCCACAUCAGCCGCAACCGUUACAUAUUUGCAUCUGCUGAGCGGUUCGGUUAUUUGCAAUGACAUUCGUAAACAAAAAUCGACCGAUGGAUUUUCGGUUAUGCCAUUUGUGGCUGGUUGCGUUAUCUCUGCAUUAUUCACUCGUUUCGGAGCCAUACUGAAUGACACACCAAUGGUUCAGGUCAAUUUGAUUGGUACAGCGCUAAACAUUGGAUACGUUUGCUUCUUUUUCUGGAACACGAACAAUAUUAAAGAUAAAAUGUUGGCAUGGACUCAAAUCGGAUAUGCAGGAGCAUUUGUGGCUGCCAUUUUUGUCUACACUUAUGUUGAAAAUCCAAAAGAUCUUCCAUUCCGUUUUGGCUUAAUAACAACGGCCGUUUUGUUCUACUUCGUCGGUUCGCCAUUGCUUGGCUUGGGUGAAAUCAUUCGAAAGAAAAGCACCGAAGGUUUACCAUUCCCCAUUAUCUUGACGGGAACAUUGAUUUCAUUUUUGUGGUUCUUGUACGGAGUGGUGACACGCGAAAAUUUCGUUAUCUUCCAAAACGCAGUUAUCUUUUUGAUGAGCAUUGUGCAAUUAUCAUUGUUUGCCAUUUACCCGUCGAAACCGGCAAAAUCAAAGAAGAGUGGCAGCCCAUCCAAGAAUGGCAACAAUAAUAAUAACAAGAAGAAAAAUUAAAUUUUCAAAUUGAAAUUACUCUUUCUCUUCGGCAAUAUUCUAUUUUUUCACUAAAGUAUGCAAUCGAUAUGGAUGAGAUGAAAAAUGUUGACAAUAAAGCAAACAAAAUGUUUUACACUUUUAGCUAUUUUAUCAGAUAUUGUUACUUUAUCAUAAAAUGUUGAACAAUAAAGAGAUUUAAACGAUUAAA